CACAAUUUUGAAGGCUGUGUUAACAAGAGCAUUACAGAAUGUCUGCCAAGAGGCAGAGCUCGUUGUUCUCAUUUUUCACACCGAAAGCAGGGACAGCUUCUCCAUGCUCAACUCCCAAAUCGACCAAAGUCAAAGAACCUGCGAAAAGGGAACCAGUAAAUGAUCCAGAUCCAGACACUGAAGAAGAAUCUCGAACAUUAAAGCGUGUGAAUAAUGAAGCAGAUUCCUCUCCAGUUUUCCCCAACAAAAAACCCGUCAAAAGGAGACGAGUUAUUCUUUCGUCUGAUGAUGAAGGGGAUGACGAGGAUGAGAAUCUUCUCAGUGUGCGAACACCACCUCCCGCUCAGAGCAGUGUCGUGUCAUCAUCUACUCCUAUGGCUACUGAGUUUGCCACACCAAAAAGCGCUCGUCCAUUGCGACCGCUCAAGGAGUGUGCUACUCCGCUUUCAACUGCGGAGGCAGAAUCAUUCAUCGACUCAUUUCGUAUUGAGGACGAUUUGGAUGUGUCCGCUGCUUCCAUCGAUACAUUAGAUCGCACUAUCUAUCAAGUUGAUUCGAGCAGUCGGAAUCCGAUGAAAGAAGAUAAAUUAGCUAUGGUAGACGAAGAGAAGUUCCCUCACGAAACGCUGGCCUUCUUGAAGUCAGAGAAUAUACGUGAUGCACAAGGUCGCCGUCCUAAUGAAGAUGAUUAUGACCCGACAACGUUGUUCGUUCCUGCAGACUUUCUGAAAGAGCAGUCACCUGUGGGAAAGUUUUACGAAACAUAUCAUAUGGAUGCCAUGAUCGCUGUUGAAUGUUUGGGACUAUCCUUCAUGAGAGGUGGCUAUGCACAUGCUGGCUUUCCAGAACCAGCUUACGGAAAGUUUGCUGACCAGCUGGUUUCGCGUGGAUACAAGGUUGCCCGAAUAGAGCAGACGGAAACACCACAACAGUUGGAAGAACGAAAUCGAGCCGUCAAGGGCGGGAAAGAGAAAGUAGUGCGUAGGGAGGUAUGUCGUGUUACCACAUGCGGAACUCGGACAUACUCAGUGUUAGAUGGUUGCAAUCUCUAUGGAGGUGAAACCGAUAACGGAGAGACUCAGUCCAAGUACUUGCUCAGCAUAAAAGAAGUGGUCGAGGGUCAUGUGUCUACAUACGGUAUCUGUUUUGUUGACACAUCUGUUGGCAAGUUCUUUCUAUCUGAGUUUCGUGAUGACGACUACAGUUCGACUUUACGAACACUCAUCGCAAACUUCACUCCUGUGCAGGUACUUUUCGAGAGAGGGCACCUUUCUGCGCAGUGCAAGACAGUUUUGAACGGCAUGCUUGGGACAGUGCAAAAAGAAGGACUGGCACCAAAGAAGCAGUUCUUGGAAGCGGAGCAGACACUGAAACUGUUAUCCGACGAAGCGUAUCUUGGUGCUGAUCACAAAGCUUGGCCUGGGACCUUGCGCGACAUGCUGGUGGAGGAUUCGGUUGUAGCGAAGCCGAAGUUGGACGCUAUGCUCACACUUAGCGCUCUGGGAGCUGUGAUACACUAUCUGCAAAGAUGUCUGAUUGACGUAGACAUGAUUACCAUGCGUGAUUUCAACAAGCUGGAGCCACUAGAGGAGAACUCGGGCAUUGAUGUCACUAAAGAAGAGGAAUGGACCAACCGGCAAAUGAUUCUGGACGGCAUAACCCUCGACAACUUGAACCUUGUUCCUGGAGAACACACUGAUGCACAGGCUGCUUCGCUGUCGCUGUACAGUACUGUUAACAAAUGCCAAACUCCUUUCGGGAAGCGACUUCUGCGGCAGUGGAUAUGCGCACCAACAUGCGAUGUGAAUGUGGUAAAAGCUCGCCAAGAAGCUGUUGAAUGGCUCAUGUCUCCUGCUGCUGCGCGCUUCAGUGAUAAAACGAGCGAGCUGCUUCGCAAAAUGCCAGAUUUAGAAAGACUUUUACAAAAAAUUCAUACUCUUGGCCUCAAAUAUCGCGCUGAAACGCAUCCAGAUAGUCGUGCUGUUAUGUUCGAAGCAGCAACUUAUAAUAAAAGGAAGAUUAAGGAUCUCUUAACUACGUUGGCGGGUUUCCAAACUUGUUAUGAUCUCAUUUUGUUGUACGACAAUUUUCGUCAGGAGCAGGAGGGUUGUCAAUUGAUUGAGCAAUGUAUAGGAUUAGACGAGAAAAUAGAUUUAUGCUCUCACUUAGAACAUUUUGCUAAAUCUUUCAAUCACUCUGUAGCUGAAAAAGAAGGGAUGAUUGUACCGCAAAAGGGACAGGACGAGGAUUAUGAUAGCGCUUGCCGUAGUUUGGAUGAAGCGAUACGGCAGACCGAAAUAUACAGGAAAGAGCAAGAAAGCAAGCUUCGAUGCAAGAUCACUUACUUCGGCAGUGGAAAAAACAGAUUCCAAAUGGAAAUAGCUGAUAGUGUUAGCGUCCCGAGAAAUUACGAUUUGAAAUCGCGCAGGAAGGGAUUUGGGCGAUACUCCACCGAGACGCUUGACGAGCUUAUAGAAGAGGUGUUCAAAGCAGAAGCAAAUAAAGAUAAGCAGCGAAAUGAUGCGACGCGGAGGGUGUUUUCUGAUUUCGAUAGCAGGCGGUCGAUCUGGUCUACAGUGCUAAACCGCAUAGCUCAAGUAGAUGUUUUGCUCUCCUUAGCACGAUACUGCCAGACUUGUGGACUUCCUACUUGUCGUCCGGAGUUCGUUGUCAACUCAGGGAAGCCUUUCCUUGAAAUUGAAGAGGGUUAUCAUCCUAGCCUCGCUGUCAAGUUACCUACAAGCGAUGGAUCCUCUGCCUGUACAUACAUAGCCAAUGACUCGCAUUUGGGUGGAGAUCAUCCUCCGACGGUGCUUCUGACUGGGCCCAAUAUGGGUGGAAAAUCUACGCUGAUGAGACAAGUAGCCGUACUAGCAGUUCUUGCACAUAUGGGGUCACUUGUACCUGCUCGCUCGAUGCGUCUCUCUCCUGUAGAUAGAAUCUUCACCAGAAUUGGAGCGAAUGAUCGGCUUACUUGCGGUCAAUCGACGUUUUUCGUAGAAUUGAGAGAAACAUUAGUAAUCUUGCGAAACGCUACGAAGCAUUCGCUCGUACUUAUAGAUGAAUUGGGUCGAGGUACCAGUACUUUCGAUGGAACAGCCAUUGCAUCUGCUGUAUUGUCGGAUUUGUCGCGACGCAUUGGAUGUCGCUCCUUUUUCUCAACUCACUACCACUCAUUGUGCAGAUCAGCCUCAGUUAACCCUAGUAUAACUUUAGCGCACAUGGCUUGCAUGGUAGAAAAUGAGAAUGAAGCUAAUCCUACCGAGGAAAGUGUAACAUUCCUCUAUCGUCUGGCCGAUGGUGUUUGCCCAAAGUCUUAUGGAUUCUAUGCUGCAAGGCUUGCCGGUGUUCGAGCGGAGGUAGUGAAAGAAGCAUACGAUGCGAGUACUUUGCUAUUUGAUGCGGUAAAUCGCAAAAAGAUGGCAAUUGCGGCCAUAAAAGCAGCCGCACGCUCUGGUGGAUCUGUGGAGCAGCUGCGUGAAAUGAUUGAAGCUUUGUAAAUUGAUAAUAACUUUUCUGACGCUUCAACCGGUAACCUACUUUAACUUUCACAGCUCCAUUUGCACUAUUUAUCUAAUAUGCACUUCUUGCUUGUACUUGUUCUAUAUACGGUGUGAAAUGCGGUCAUAAUUUAUUGUCAUGUUGUCAGAAUAUAUUCGGAUUGCUACAGGUUAAAAUUUAUCUUUGAAGCAUGUUGGAUUGUCGUUGGUAAAGCUUCCAUGUGUGCUAUAUGCUCAGGUAUCCUGUCCCGUCAGGCACGCAUGAAUUAUUUCACCUGUUGUUUUCGCAAGCAAACUCGCUCGCAGCUGCAUAGACUUUACCUCAGGUCGUCUAUAAAUAUGCGUUCACAUGUGCAGAAACAAGAGUUGAGAAGUUUGGAUCUCCAAGUAUCCAUCUGUC